CAACAGUUUAUUUCCCAAAACUUCCUUCUCCGCUAAAAUGGACCGUUUGCGCUUCGUGUGCUGCUGUCUACAAAGUCAGUCCUCAGAGGAAGAGACGCAGCCUAUACUUGGAGCGCCAGCAUCUGCACGAACAUUUCAUUCAUCCCAUAAUGAUGGGCAGUGCGGAAGUGGCAGGGUUACUGUGCGGCAUGUUGGUGUGCCAGAUCUGGAUCAGCGCUUUACCGACUUUGCAGAAACCUUUAACCAUCAGCAGGAACACUAUGAGUGUAUGCAGGAAAAGCGGAGAGCUCUGCUGUACCGCUACCGCUGUGCCCCUGACAGCAGCCUGUCUGAGUGCCUGCAGAAGAUUAAAGAUGAACAUGACGAACACCAGAUCAGUCUGCAGAUGAAAGGCUUUGACUUCAGCUUGGCUGUAACACCAGACGAUCCGGUGCCUGACAAGCUGAAGCAAACGCGGGAGAACAUCAAGGAACUGUGUCAAGCUGUCAAAGCCAUCAUGGGGGCCGAGCUCAAGCUCGAGAAGAUGAUGACCUGGCUGUUAAACUCAGAAAAGAGCCUGAGUGAAAAGGUGAAUACGGAAGCUAAGACACACCAGGAUUCUAAACGACUGGGAGACAACUUAAAGGAGAAUCUGCAUGAGACGUCGAGAGCCAAAGUGCUCAGUCCUCGCUACAAGGAAGAGGCUGGAAAACUUUUCGACGAGGUGGCCCUGCUGUCUGGGGUCCAGAAUUAGUUUCUCAGCAUGAGAAACAAAAACGGACAUGAUUAGAAUGAGUCAAGGAUAAUUUAGGAAAUAUAUACAGUAUAAUCAUGUACCUGUUCAAUUAUCCAAGCUGAUUUGUUUAGAUGUUGUUGAUUUAUUUUCCAUAACAGCAGCUUGGAAGGUAGUUUCAGCUGCAAAAAUCACAGGUAUAUAUUAAUGCACUUUUGUUCUAUUAUUGUUUCUAUGGUAACAGCUUACACAGGGACUUGCAUGAAAGAGCUCUGCAUAGACAUAAAAAAUGUAACUGUUAUGGUUAUAGGCGGCACAGUGGCAUAGUGGUUAGCACUGUGGCGUCACACCUCCAGGGUCAAGGGUUUGAAUGCCGCCUCAGGUUUGUGUGUAAAGUUUGCAUGUUCUCCUCGUGCUUCAUGACUUUCUUUCAGAUAUUCAUUCCUGUUUCCUCCCCCAGUCCAAAGACAUGCAGGUUAGGUUAAUUGGCUUUUCCAGAUUUCCCUUAGCAUGUGUAGGCGUGUUUUGGUGCCCUGUCAUGGAUUGGUGGUAUAGAUAGGUUAAGCGGUAUAGAAGAUAAAUGAAUAAUAUGGUUAUGUUUUAUGUAAGAAGACAUAUUUAAUAUUUAUGGAAGGAGUCUCAAGUGUCAGCACUUUGCAACAGGCAGAGGAUGUUGAGGAAAGAGGAUUUUGCUUUUAUAUAUUCCACCAUUUUUGGAGAAGCACAUUUGUGAGGUCAGACACUAAUGUUGAAUGAAAAGGUCGGCCUCACAGUCUCACUGAAUGUGAAUGAAUUUAUGUAGAGUUUGUCAGUAAUUAAAAAAAUAUAUAUAUUUUAUGAUAAUAAUCCUUUAAUAUUCCUUUUACUUAUAUAAUUUGUUCCAUCAUUUGCUGUUAGUCUAGAUAAAUGAGUUUGAAUAUGUAAUAGAACAUUUACCACUUAAACCAGUUAUAAAAACAAUAACUGUAUUUGCAAUGUGUUUCAACAAGUUGUGCAUCCCUGAUAAAAUAGCAUUAUGUGUUAGAUUUUAAUGUAUUACUAUUUGUGACAUGAUUUUAUAACAAUAAUCAGCUUUAGGAUGUUAAUGUCCUGUCACGAAGUACAUUACAGCAUGGACAUUACACGAAGGAAUGUUUAUUUUCCCAUUACAGCAUGUCCUUACAUUAUGUCUUGCAUUCUAGGCUGAAAUUGACUGACAUUUGCAUCUAAGAAAACAUAUAGAACUUUACAAAUUCUUGGAGUUUGUGUAAUAAAUGUUAACAUGUAGAUUACAGCUUAUGUAUCAUUUUAAGGACAUGUACUGUAUAUAACAACUUAUUUAAGUAUGUUUGUGUAAUUAGAUAAGGAGAUCAUAUAUACAUGUGUAAUAUUUAUAUGAUUGUGUGUAUGAUUAACAAAAUUAAAUGCCUCUUUGUGGAAGAGGAAAGAUAUUGAUUUUAGUGAAUUAGAGUAGAAUUUCUACUUGUUAUUUUUGCUGA